CAGCUGGCUGAACUACAGCGCGGCACCCAUCGCACAACCUUUCCAGUCGGGCAAAACAACAAUAAGUUUUCUAGUAAUUUGUAAUUCGUUGUUUUGUUUCAGAUUAACUUUGAAAUACAUUUACACAUCGACGAAUCGCGAAAGGAGCAUAAUCCGGACCGGAUUUUUGUAUUUAUUUUAGAGGAUAAGAGUGAUUCGUCGACACGGAGGUGAGUUAAGGCGAUAUGGCGACAGCAUUGUUCCCUAAUGAGGAGAAGAUGGAAGCAGACAUGGAAGAUUUGGACCUUGUGAAGUUCGCUCAUCGUGCCGUCGGUAUCCUCCAAGCUAUCCAGCACAUGCCAACAAUUAAGAAUGUGGAGGAAAAUCUGCCAGUUUUCCUGUCAGAGUGUGACAUUCUGGUCGAUGUGGAAUCUUCAUUGGGUCCAGAAGGAAGUAGGCACAUGAUCAAUCCUUCGACGCUCCCAGAGUCAUUGUUCGCACCGUUUAAAGUUACUCGAGUGUCAACUGAUGGCAUUUUCCGUAUCGGUUCGUCCUGCAAUGCUCUUGACCCACUUCUACCUCCGGACGAGGGCGAAAAACCCUUCUUCGAAAUCAGAAACUUGCGUGGUUUCAUGGAUAUUUGGACGGUGAAUGACAAACUUCAUGCGUCGCUCGCACAAAAUGGAGUCCUUGUAUCGCCACAACCCAUCUUGCUGAGUGAUGAACAGAAGAUUGAAGUUUACUGGGGGUUAACCUUUCUUGGUAAAACGGGAGCUUUGGUGGCCGGAAUUUUGGCGAGUGUGCCAUCUCUGGAAGAAAUGGGUCUUAAGAAUUGGAUACUUCCCACGGGGGACACGAUCCCGCUGUCUUCCCUGAGACCCACAAUCUUUGAAGUCGUCCCAACCAAUGUGUACUCCAUCAAUCAGAAAAUUUCCCGCGCCGUUGAGGGACCAGCAACAUACUUCGGUGCUGAGGCAGGGGACAUUCCUGACCCAGAAUUUGUCAGGUUUGAUACGCAAAAAAUAAUGACGACUAUGAACGACGCUAGAGAUAGUUUGGCUAUUCGACACGCCGUCCUCUUGGCAGAACUACCGGAUGGAACUCUGUACAUCGUCGACCCCACUGGGAGACAGUUCGGAUACAAAGGGAUAAAUGGGAGUGUCGUCAUUCACGGGAAAUUGGACGAGUAUAAAGAAAACUUUCCGGGACUCGUCGUAGCUCAACAUAACGACGCUCCAGUCGAACCCACUGCUGCAGACGAUUUCACCCCCCUUUUGCAACGUCUGCUAGGAAAAUACUUGAAGAAAAUACUCUGCGCCUACUGUGGUGAAAUCGGCGAGAUACAUCCCAAGCAGAUGGCAUCCAUGAACAAUGGUCGCGAACUUUUGUGCUCCCAGCAGGCCUGCGACUUGAUGUAUUGUGCGGUCUGCAGGCGAGAGACGUAUUGUACCAAGCGGUGCCAGAAAUUGGACUGGAAAAAUCACAAGCCGACCUGCAAAUACACUUAGUCCGUCUAAAAUAUAACGACUCUAUCUCUCAACGACUCUGGACUGGACUUUGGAUUGGAAAUGUAUCAACUUUUUUGAAAGAAUAUCGUUUCGCAGCCUUCGAUUGUAUUUAUAAUUUUUGUAUUGACAAACGUUCUCAGGUUAUGCUAAUUAUUUUGUCAGUAAUUUUUUACUUAGAGCUUUCUUCCUUUAUUAAUAAAAUUGUUCUGCAAUCCGUA